AUGGUAGACUUCAACAACGUGCCCGAGAAUCGUGUCACAAUGAUUGUUGGGAAAGGUCAAACGGUGUACUGGCAAGGAAGUAAUGUCACUGUUUACGAGAUCGAUGAUGAAGGGCAGGAACAGACAAGGAAACUUGUUGACAUGCGGAAUGGACAAGGCGUCGUUCCAGAGGGUGUCAAAUUAUACAUCACCAAGGGGAAGGUGAAAGAAGAAUUUUGA